AUGAAAGAGGCUAUUUUUUGUGCGAGAAUCUAUGAAGAUCUAGUUCCACAAAAGAAGAAGUCGCUGGAUUUAUCGCACGAAAUAGAGCAUGUGAUUGUGCCAGCUGAGCAAAUGAACGGAGCUUGGGCCUUCCCUGUAUUGUCUUGUGAUAGAGAGCUAGCCACUCCAGUUCAUCUUGAGUCUAGCCCGUGUAGUAAUAAUUGA